UUCAAGUAAAGUGGUUUUACUCAAUUCCAUCUCACAACCGAACAUAUUUGCCUCUUCGAACAAACGACAGUGGUGAAAAUGUGGCUUAGUGGCCUGAAGAAGUAGAGAUCCCCUCCCCACGCGAUGCUUGGCGUGUGAGAUCGGGCCGUACGCGGCGUUUCCAGCGUGUACAAUACGUGUUGAGAGCGAGUUGGACGCACGAUGAAGUUGUUCUAUUUUUAGUCGGAUUGGUCAUUGUUUUGGCUCCCUUUGACAACAACAGUGGGGUGGGCGCACAUGGCCACUCAGAAUGCAACAGGCCACAGGGAUUGCGGUCGUCUUUGGCUUCUGGUCAUCCCUUUAUUUACUUGAUGUCUUUUUAAAGGCGAAGCGGCGCUAUUCCCGGUCAUACCUGCAGUUUCUGGACGGCACUGGACUCUCGGUCUCCAUCUGUCAGCUUAGAUGGUUCUCUACCUGGUUUAAUCGCCUUUUUGUCAGAAUCGCUCAAUGGAAGCCUGGAUUUCUCCGCGCCUGGUUCACCAUGGGCAUAGUGUUCGCAUUGGUUGCCAUGGUGAUGUCCGUGUUUUUGCUGAGUUUACUGGUCAUCAACACUAUUCGCAGACAGCCAGUCGAACAACAAGUCCUAACGCCAGUGAUGCCAGGCGUAAAUCUGCCGGCUAGUCAGAUUACAUAUUACCUGCUCACACUCCUUGUCUGUGGUAUUCUCCAUGAGGUCGGACAUGCCGUGGCAGCUGUCAGAGAACAAGUUCGAGUGAACGGAUUCGGAAUCUUUGUCUUACUGCUGUAUCCUGGAGCUUAUGUGGAUUUAUCAACAGAACACUUACAGAUUAUCUCCCCCUUACGACAGCUGAGGAUUUACUGUGCAGGAGUGUGGCAUAAUUUCAUCAUCGUAUUAGCGUCUGUGAUAUUUUUAUUUGUGUUGCCAUGGUUACUGGUUCCCUUUUACACCGUUGGUAAUGCAGUGGUUUUAACCCAUGUUUUAGAAAAUUCUGCCGUGUCGGGUCCUCUUGGAUUGGCUGUUGGUGAUCAUGUGACCAGCAUAGGGGACUGUCGAGUGACGAGCGUAGAGGACUGGCAGACAUGUAUUCGUGUCAGUCUUCAGGAGAGGAACUCGGGCUAUUGUAUGUCCCUGGCCCUAAUAGACAAGUGGGACACAGCCACUAAGAGUUUGUCUGAUGUCCCAGCUAAAGACUGUUGCAAUCGCACCAGUAGUACUCAUCUCUGUUUUUCCUAUCAUACAAGAGCCAGUCCUGAUCUGAAAUAUGCGUGUUUGCCAGCGCGCAGUACGACAGACCGUCCACCGUGUAAGCUGCACAGUGACUGCUUCACCCCUAACCUGGACAUGGCCUGUGUCCUACCAGCCACUGAUAACACCACAAAGCUACUGCGAGUUUUCCACGGCAGGAAACCACCAUUAUUAUUCUUAGGUCAUCCACUGGAUCUUCACUACUCAGUGGGAGUCAGCAAUUAUGUGCCAGCCAGUGCCUUCAUUCCUAUCAAUUUACCAUAUGUCCUAGAAACUUUUUGUAAAUAUCUCAUUUCUCUCUCUGGUGCUCUAAUCAUCCUCAAUGUGGUUCCAUGCUACGCACUUGACGGACAAUGGAUCUGCCAUGCGUUCAUUGAGCUCUCUCUGCGAUCAACCUUCCCGGACCGAGAAGCUCGGGGUGCCAUAUACACCGUCGUCAUUCUCUUUGGAACGUUGUUGUUGUUAACUAAUGUUUUCAUUGCAAUGUGUACAUUGUUUUUUUAAAGAGUUUAUGUUUUUUGUACAGAUCUCAGCUUGAAGCACAUUGAUUACAUGUAUCUGGUAUAGUAUACGUAUAUAUAUUCAGGUUGAUAAAUGAUAUUCCAUCAGAAGUGGGGUUCCAGCAUCAUUAUAGUGGUUGAAUUAUAUAUUACAGUUUCUGGGUAAAAAAAGCUUGUAACAUGCAUAAACCACAUGAGAGUGUCUUGAAAUUUCGUCAAAAAGAAAUUUGUGAUGAAGAACAAAAGUUAGUAAUGUGCAUUGGAAUGUAUGCUCAUUGUUUUCCAGUAUCAUCAGAGGACUAAAACCAGCCGACUUAUACAGUAAAUCACCUGUAAUUUCAUUAAGCUUUUCACCGACUUGGUUUAAAAUCUGUUGUACUAAAGGGUUAUUAGAUGGUGUAAUUUUGUGUGAUUAAAUGUAAAUUGCAUAUUACUACAUAUGUUGAAAAAUACCGAUUGAAAAAUUCCAUGCGUUAUAGAUGAGUUUGAGAUCAGAAUGUUUUAAUGGGUUGUUUGAGAAAAAUUAUGUUCUCCCUGCCAUACCAAUACUGCAGAUUCUGUAAAGCACAGAGGGCGGGAAGAAGAACAGCUGAUCUCAUGCCGUUAACAUGGGGAGGGGGGGGGCUUGUUAGGGAGUUCCUGUAUAGUUAUGAACAAAUAUGAAUAUUA